AAAUCAAAGGUAAUGUUGAUGAAGAUAUAAAAAGGAAAAUUUUGAUCCAUUGCAGUGAAAGCGUUCCAAAAGAAAUUCCAUUUCAUCAAACUUGUUUUGUCGUUGAGCCUUUUAUAAGCUUGAUAAGGCGGUUUUUUACAUCCUCAACAGGUGGACAAACCCAUAAGAA